AUGGCUUCCCCUGUCGCCCAGUACACCGAUCUUACCGCCGAGCAGAAAAACAUCGUUGAUGAUUGGCUUCCGCUUCUGAACUUUUUCAACCGAGAGAAGCCACUCGACACAAACGAGAAGCGGGAAGAGGCCAGCAAGCACGUCUGGGUCCAAGUUGGAACUCUGGACCAGGACGCUGAGCAGGCGCACAAAGCUGGGGGUAACAUGAGUCCCAUCCCUUACCACAGAGCCCGGGGCGCCCCCGUUUACAUCAAGGACAACUACUUCCCGGAUGGCAUCACCUACACCCUCCUGGACGGCCGCAGCCUCCGGCAGGCGCAAAAGGACUGUGCGACCAAAUGGGACCGAGGCCAAGUCGAGACCAUCCGUCGCCAUAACACCCAGUACAUCGUGCACUAUAUGAGAACGACUCUGCGGCUCUCGCUUGAGCCCGGCUGCGCUUAUACUGUCACCAACCUGUCUAUGGAAGCCAGUAAAAAUUCCGACCUGGUCGGCAAGCUCAAGCACAUCGAACUCAGCCUCGACCUCUGUAAAGACAUUGACAAGGAGGAGGUAUUCGAGGGCUACUCGGAGGCCAAAUACUCACAGGCCUCUGAACGUCUUUCUAUGACAGCGGUACCGGGAACGCAACGGACGUUUGGUGGUCGUUUGACGACGAACGCCAACGCUGACGAAAAUGCCGUGGCCGGUCUGAGUGCAGACGCCCCGGAUUUUGUUCCUGGACAGCCCGUUCCUCAGAGAGCCGCACCCACUCCUAAGCAGAAGAAGCCUCAAUAUCCCUCGGCACCAAAGUCUACGGCUGCGGACUUGCCCACGCGUAUUCACGAGGACAUCAGCCACGGCCACGAGACCGACUAUGGAAGUGGAUGGAGUUGCAAGGAGAUUUGCGGGGACAUGCUGCCAUGCGGCGAGCACUUCUGCGCAACACCGUGUCACCCUGGCUUGUGCGGUAGCUGCGAAGUGCCUAUGCAGGCAAGAUGCUACUGCGGAAAGGAGCACAAAGAGAUACCAUGCGACCGACGAGGCGAUCUAGAGAUGUCAUUCAACCACGGCCAAGUCUCCAGCGUGGAUUCCGAAGACGUUUCCGAGGAAAGCUGGUUUGAUGGCUCCUUCGAUUGCGGCGCGAACUGCGGAAGGAAAUAUGACUGUGGUAUUCACGAGUGCGAGAAGAGUUGCCAUCCUCAAGACGAAGUCUCAGCACACUGCCCGUUCUCUCCCGAUGUCGUCUUGGACUGCCCAUGUGGCAAGACACCGCUGGGAGAGCUACUCGACCAGCCGAGACAAUCUUGCGAGGACAAGAUUCCGCACUGCAAGAAGACCUGCGGCAAGACAUUGGGCGACAUCGCGACGCCCAUGUGCAUGAAGGUAUGCCAGGCGCAGCUCAACUGUGGCCGCCACAAGUGCGGCGAACAUUGCUGCCCCGGAGAGAAGAGAGCUAUCGAGCGGCAGGCUGCCAAAAGGAAGCACAGGCAACAGGCUGCGGAAGAGGUGGAGGCAGAGCACAUCUGUGUGCGCGUCUGUGGAAGAACGCUGAAGUGCGGUACGCAUCAGUGUUCUCAGAUCUGCCACUCUGGCCCCUGUCCCAGUUGUCUUGAAGCUGUCUUUGAGGAGAUCAGUUGCGCAUGCGGCAGAACCGUCCUUCAGCCGCCUCAGCCCUGUGGUACACGACCUCCUGAGUGUCGUUUCGACUGCACGAGAGCGCCGCCUUGCGGCCAUCCUUCGAUCAAGCACAAUUGCCAUCCUGACGACGUUCCGUGCCCGAAGUGUCCAUUCCUCGUCGAGAAGGCCUGUAUCUGCGGAAAGCAGCGAAUGAAGAAUAGGCCUUGCUGGUUGGAGGAGACUCGUUGCGGUCUUCCUUGUGGCAAGAAACUCAAGUGCGGCACCCAUACUUGCAGGAAGGAAUGCCAUCGCCCUGGGGAAUGCGAGGACGCAGAGAUCCCGGGUUCGCACUGCGCUCAACCUUGCGGCAAAACACGCAAGUCGUGUGAGCACUCCUGCCAGGACGUGUGCCACGCCCCUUAUCAGUGCAAAGAAGACCGCCCGUGCCAGAGCAAGACCUUCAUCACUUGCGAUUGCCAAAACCGCAAGAAGGAAGUGAAAUGCCUCGCCACGAAAACCAACCCAACACCAGAACGUGACGUACUCAAGUGCGACGACGAGUGCCUCCGGCUGCAACGCAACCAACGUCUCGCCGCCGCCCUCAACGUCGACCCGGACCACACCGAUGACCACGUUCCCUACUCCGACACCACCCUCAAGCUCUUCCGCGAUCUCUCCCUGAACUGGGUCCAGACCCAGGAGCGCGAGUUCCGCGUCUUCGCCUCCGAGCCCUCCGAGAAGCGCCUCCGCUUCAAGCCCAUGCCCAAAGCCCAGCGUGCGUUCCUCCACAACCUCGCAGCGGACUUCGGCUUCGACUCGGAGAGCCAGGACCCGGAACCGCACCGCCACGUCUCCGUCUUCAAGACCCCCCGUUUCGUCUCCGCCCCGAAGAAGACGCUCGCGCAUUGUGUCAAGAUCCGCUCCGACGCCGCCAAAUCCGCCCCGGCACCCUCCUCCUCCGCAAACGCCUCCGCCGCCCCGGAACCCUUCAACGCCCUCCUCCUCACGGCCCCGCGCUUCGGCCUGACCAUCGACGAGGUCGAAUCCGCCCUCGCCUCCCACCUCAAGGCGCACAACACCCUCUCCUUCACCACCUCCUUCCUCCCCUCCGACGAGAUCCUCAUCCGCGCCGUCCCCGUGACGUCGUGGGGCACGACCCCCUCGGCGAUCGAGUCCUCCCUCGCGUCCCUCAAACCCCUCGUCACCCGCACCAUCACGAAAGAAGGCCUCGCCGCCUCCGCCAUCCUCGUCAACGCCGACGCCAACCUCAACGUCCUCCGCCGCGAGGGCGCCGCCGCCGGUGCCGGCGCCGGGGGCUGGAACGCCGUCGUCGGGCGCGCCGCCGCGCAGCGUAGGGCGUUCGCGCCGGCCAAGCCCGCCGAGACGCGCUCCACCAGCGGCUUCGUCAGCUUCUCCAAGCUGGCGCGCAAGAAGGUCGUCGAGGACUCCGUGGCGGAUGACUGGGAGGCGGCCGCCGAGGACGAGUGA